AUGACCGCUUCAUUACUCCUCCAUUCGCACUGGAUUGACCCAGUGAUGUUUCUCUACGACAACGGCUUGGAUGAAAGAAGCAAGAAUAUGGAAGGAUUUACUGGGGGCAAUUUUGCUGCAAACCAGUGCAGGAAUUUGUUAGCGCAUCCAACCUCGCUGGCUCCGAGCACCACUUACGCUGCAAGUGAGGUGCCAGUCUCUGGCAUGGGGGAGCCUGGCAAACAAUGCAGCCCCUGUUCUGCCACUCAGAGCUCGCCCAAUGCAUCUUUGCCUUAUGGAUAUUUUGGCAGCAGUUAUUACCCAUGUAGGAUGUCACACGGCGGCGUGAAGCCUUGCGCGCAACCCUCUGGUUAUGGCGAUAAAUACAUGGACUCAGCUGUAUCUGGUGAGGAGUUUUCCUCCAGGGCAAAGGAAUUUGCGUUUUACCAGGGUUAUUCCUCGGGUCCUUACCAGCCCAGCUACUUGGACGUCCCUGUCGUACCAGCGCUGAGUGCUCCAUCUGAGCCAAGACAUGAGUCUCUGCUGCCCAUGGAGCCAUACCAGCCUUGGGCCAUCACCAAUGGUUGGAGUGGUCAAGUUUACUGCAGCAAGGAGCAGCCACAGUCAAAUCCUCUUUGGAAAUCCUCAUUACAAGACAACAUAUCUGGUGGAGACAGCUCUGUCCGUCGUGGGAGAAAGAAGCGUGUGCCUUACACCAAGGUGCAGCUUAAAGAACUGGAAAGGGAGUACGCCGCCAAUAAAUUCAUCACCAAGGACAAAAGGAGGAGGAUAUCCGCGCAGACUAACCUGACAGAGAGACAAGUGACAAUCUGGUUUCAGAACAGGCGCGUAAAGGAGAAGAAAGUCGUCAUUAAAUUCAAGAGCUCCAGUUAGCUCAGGGGAUACAGAAACAGGAGGUGAAGAGAAAAAAAAACUUUGUUAUAAUUUAUUACAUUAUGAACGGGUUCUUUGUGGCCAUAGCGACUCUGUUUUGACCUACACAUUUCCUUCCUCACAUUUUAAUUGGAACCAGUCGAUGCGGCCUGUUGACAGAAGAUCGGAAAUAGUUUGCAACAUAUUGGACAGGGCGACUCAGCGAAGGAUGUAGGAUGUCCUGAAAAUAUUGACCCAACCAAAAGACAUUUGCCUUAAAGGCAAGGGACACCCCAAGUCUGCGCUUUUAUUCUACUAUAUCCAAUCCAGAAAUUAAGACUGAAAUUAAUUGCUAUAUUCGUCUUUAGACAGAUGCGGUGGUAAACAAAUAGGUGAACCUCAACUUCAGUCUGUGGUCAUCACAAAGAAAACAAGUUAAACUGUUAUUAAUAUUAUUGUUAUAACAUUACAAAAAGUUAAUGCAAAUAUAUGUAGAAUAUUCAUUUACAAUAGUAAAAAAUAUAUAUAAAAUAUGCUAUAGCCUACAACACUUAUUGUGUGUCAAGGCCGACAUGAAAAAAAAGAUUUAGAUAAACUCCUUUUCAUAGUUUGGAAGAAAGAAAGUUUGCAUACAUCCCUGUCUCUUGCAUUUAAAACAAGCAUCUAUCUGAUAACGCGUUAUCACUCGUGAAACAAGCCUGAGCAUUUCAAUAUGUUUGACCACAAGGUUUUCUAAACACUAUUUUCUGAACACAGGAUUUUACUCAAUGUCCUGCAUUUCCGCCUGUCAGUC